AUGGCGGAAGGACGCAGAGAACAGCCGCCUCAUCCCCUCCUCUCCCUCCCACCGGCCAGCAAGCGACCCUGCCUUCGCCCCGCACCCCGGGGUCCCGGUCCGGGGCCCGGCCACGGCAGCGGGCUGCCCGGAUCCCGCUACCGCUCCCCGGAGUCCCUCCUGGACUGCGCCGCGAAGGCAGUAGCGGAGAAGUGGGCCUUCGAGAGAGUGGAGGAGCGCUUCGAGCGGAUCCCGGAGCCCGUCCAGCGCCGCAUCGUGUACUGGUCUUUCCCCCGCAACGAGAAGGAGAUAUGCAUGUACUCUUCGUUUCAGUGCCGGGUGGCCGGCGAGGAGGGUCCGUCCGCGGCCACCGGCGGGACGGGGGCGCCCGGUUCCGGAGCCACAACAGCAGCAGCAGCCGGCGGUGGCGGAGGAGGUUCAGCCGCCGGUACGACGGCUGCCGUGGGGGCACCCGGAGCUGUGGGGACCGGGGACGGACUGCCCUUUCGCCGCGGCAUCAGGCUGCUGGAGACCGGCUGUGUGGAAAACGUUUUGCAAGUCGGAUUUCACCUCAGUGGCACAGUAACCGAACCUGCCACGUCGUCAGAGCCAGAGGUCACACACAAGGUGGCUAUCAGCUUCGACCGCUGCAAGAUCACCUCUGUCACCUGUGGCUGUGGGAACCGAGACAUCUUCUACUGCGCGCACGUGGUGGCGCUCUCACUUUAUCGCAUUCGCAAGCCUGAACAGGUGAAGCUACGGUUGCCUAUCUCAGAGACAUUGUUCCAAAUGAACAGAGAUCAGCUGCAGAAGCUGGUCCAGUAUUUAAUCACAGCCCAUCACACCGAGGUGCUUCCCACCGCCCAGAAACUGGCCGACGAAAUCCUCUCCUCGAACUCCGAGAUCAAUCAGGUCCAUGGUGCUCCAGACCCAACUGCAGGCGCCAGCAUCGACGACGACAACUGCUGGCAUCUGGAUGAGGAUCAAGUCAGGGAGCAAGUCAAACAGUUUCUGUCCCAGGGAGGGUACUACGGCUCUGGGAAGCAGCUCAACUCCAUGUUUGCUAAGGUGCGGGAGAUGCUUCGGAUGCGAGACUCCAACGGCGCGCGAAUGCUAACGCUCAUUACUGAACAAUUUAUGGCUGAUCCCCGGUUGUCGCUAUGGAGACAGCAAGGCACGGGCAUGACGGACAAGUGCCGGCAGCUCUGGGAUGAGCUGGGAGCCCUCUGGGUGUGUGUGGUGUUGAACCCUCACUGCAAGAGUGAGGAGAAGAGCGGCUGGCUGAAGCAGCUGAAGAAGUGGGGAGACAUGGACGUCUGCCCGCUGGAGGACGGCAACUACGGCAGCGAGCUUCCAAAUAUCACCAACGCUCUGCCGCAGAGCAACCUCGCACAGGACUCUCUGUCGAGGCCGAGGAGGACGGUGUUCAGCCGGGCCGUGGAAGCCUGUGACCUCCACUGGCAGGACAGCCACCUCCAGAGGAUCAUCAGCAGCGACUUCUACAUGUCUCCGUCCUACCAGCGAGAGGGGGAGAGCCUGCUGUUCAACCCACAGGGCCUGCCGCUCUGGCUAGACCAUGUACCAACGGCGUGCGCUCGCGUCGACGCCUUGCGUUCCCAUGGUUACUCGAGAGAAGCCCUCCGGUUGGCUGUUGCCAUCAUCAACACGCUCCGGCUCCAACAGCAGCGACAGAUGGACAUCUAUAAACACCAAAAGAAAGAGCUUCUCCAGAGGGGCGUUACCUCCACGACUAAUCUGGAAGGCUGGGUCGGUCACCCCCUGGACCCCAUCGGCUGUUUGUUCAUCACGCUCACAGAAACGUGUCGUGUGGACGACGACACCACCAUGGACACCGGAGAAGGCGACCCCAGGCCUCCGGUUUACGCCCAUGUGCCGGUUUGGGGCAGUCCAGACAGCGGGGAGUCCUACCUCACUCUGGCCUUAGAGGUGGCUCUGAUGGGCAUGGGCCAGCAGAGAAUCAUGCCUGAGGGACUGUACGCCCAAGAUAAGGUUUGCCGUAAUGAGGAGCAGAUCGUCGCAAAGCUGCAAGAGUUGGAGUUGGAUGAUCUGCUGGUUCAGACUCUGCGGAAACAGGCCGUCCAGCUGCUGGAAGCUGGCCCGUUCAGCGGUCUGGGCGAGGUCAUCCACAGGGAGAGCGUCCCCAUGCACACCUUCGCCAAGUACCUCUUCUCUGCCCUGCUGCCGCAUGACGCAGAUCUGGCUUACAAGGUGGCCCUCCGCGCCAUGAGGCUGCCGGUGCUGGAGUCGUCGGCCGGCUCCGGGGACGUCGGCCACCCCCAUCACGGCAUCUCCAUCGUCCCGAGCCGAUACCCGCGCUGGUUCACGCUGGGACACCUGGAGUCGCAGCAGUGCGAGCUGGCGUCCACCAUGCUCACCGCCGCUAAAGGUGACAUGCUGAGAUUGCGGACGGUGCUGGAGGCCAUCCAGAAAAACAUCCACUCAUCUUCCCUAAUCUUCAAACUGGCUCAGGACGCCUUCAAAAUAGCCACGCCGGCAGACAACCCGCCCGAUAUAACCCUGCUCAACGUGGCACUGGAGCUGGGGCUGCAGGUGAUGAGGAUGACGCUGUCCACGCUCAACUGGAGGAGGAGGGAGAUGGUCCGCUGGCUGGUGACCUGCGCCACCGAAGUCGGUCUGCGGGCCCUGGUGAGCAUCUUGCAGAGCUGGUACACGCUCUUCACGCCCACCGAGGCCACCAGCAUCGUGGCGGCCACCGUCAUGUCCCACAACACCAUCCUGCGCCUCAGCCUGGACUACCCGCAGCGGGAGGAGCUGGCCAGCUGCGCCCGGACCCUGGCCCUGCAGUGCGCCAUGAAGGACCCCCAGAACUGCGCCCUGUCGGCGCUGACGCUCUGCGAGAAGGACCACAUCGCCUUCGAGACGGCGUACCAGAUCGUGAUCGACGCGGCGUCGACGGGCAUGACCUACUCGCAGCUGUUCACCAUCGCCAGGUACAUGGAGCACCGGGGUUACCCUCUGCGGUCGUUCAAGCUGGCGUCGCUCGCCAUGACGCACCUCAACCUGGCGUACAACCAGGACACGCACCCGGCCAUUAACGACGUGCUCUGGGCGUGCGCGCUCAGCCACUCCCUGGGCAAGAACGAGCUGGCGGCCAUCAUCCCCCUGGUGGUGAAGAGCGUGCACUGCGCCACGGUGCUGUCCGACAUCCUGAGGCGGUGCACCAUGACGGCGCCGGGGCUCGCCGGCAUCCCCGGGCGGAGGAACUCCGGGAAGCUCAUGUCGACGGACAAAGCGCCGCUGCGGCAGCUCCUGGACGCCACGAUCUCGGCGUACAUCAACACCACGCACUCUCGACUGACGCACAUCAGUCCGCGGCACUACGGAGAGUUCAUAGAGUUCCUGAGCAAGGCGCGGGUGACUUUCCUGCUGGCACAGGACGGCCACAUCCAGUUCGACCAGUUCAUAGACAACCUGAAACAGAUUUACAAGGGCAAGAAGAAACUGAUGAUGCUGGUCAGGGAGCGCUUCGGCUGACCCGACCCCUCCUGACAGAGACCCUCUUCACGGGGCGUAGUUCAACAUAUUUGUUACUUAUUUAAAGUUUUUCUUGUUUUUGCAUUCUAUGUAUUUUCUUUUUUUUUUUUUUUUUUUAAGUUGAGCCAUUUGUUGACUGAGUCUUAAGUUUUGUCCAGUUUUUUUUGCCGUUUUGUUUCUUGAAUGUGAACCAGGAAGUGUUCGCAGCAUAUUGCUCUACUUCACUGAGACUGCAACAAGGGGGAACGACGAAACAAAGCAAAGCAAGUCCCCGUCCAGCUAAUACUAAAUCUAAUAUGACAAAGUCAAGAGAAUGUGAUGGCAAAAGCAAAAGAGACUUUUGUUUUCCAGCGGCACAUGACCAGAUGAAAACCAAAUGAUUUUGUUGGAUGGGGGUUUGUACUUUGAGCCAGGAGAAGCUUUCAGCCGGGUUUAAGAAGAGGAAGGAGAGGUUUUCCAAGUGGAAUCAACAUGUCAUUCCAAAAGCAAAAACCUAAUGAGGUCAAAAACACGCGCAGUGUUACUGUCUUACCUCGACUGUAUUAUUUGUCAGCUUUAACUUCUCUAAUCGGAAAAGGCCUCUUGUUUCAUUCAGGGCAUCUGAAAGGGGGCGGACUCUCUAAAGAGGAAGACCCAGAGUCUUUCAGAGUGCAUGUUUUCAAAUCCAGACCCAGCCUCUCUGCUUGUCGGCUUAUUCCCAGUGGCAGAAUGAAGCUGUGAUGAACGGUGGGGGUCUCGGUGUUCUCGGGGUGUGCGACACGCCGCCGUUCAGAAACUUGCAAAUGCAACUUAAUGUCAAAAAAUCGAUGUUGAAAAGGAAGGGUGAAGCGAUGUUUCCGCCGUGUCGCCCACCCCGACAGCGUUCCCAUCUUCAGAGGAACCACUGCACUGCUCCUCAGCCGAUCUGUGGCCAAAACCUUUGACUGACUCCAGCGUCCGUCUCUCGCUUGCUCGAUCACAAGCAAUACGAACCAAGCUUUUCUGUUUUUUUUUUUUUUUUGUUUUUUUUUGUGCGUACUGUCAGUUUGUGGCAUUAAGUUCACCUUCACGCUUCCUGUUGGGAAGCCCUGAAAUCUGUUGGGACCUUCUUCAUUCCAGUGGCUUGUUCUUACAGCGCUGCCUGGUACGAAAUGCCCUUUUCCAUCAUGAGAAAUCCUCCCGCCGUGGAUGGCGUUGGCUCACAGUUACACGAGGAGAAAUGUUUGCUGCAUAGAAAGCAAAAAAAAAAAAAAAAAAAAAAAAGAAUAAAUGGUGAAAUAUUUCACAGGCCCUGUUGUUUGUAUAUAUGUUAAGCCCGGGUGAAGCGACCCCUAAAGCUGAACUGUUAUUUUUAUAAUAAAUUGAACACAUUAUAGUUAAAAAAAGUGACACUUAGAGUGACUUUGUUGAUAUUCUUAACUCACCGUGGCUUAUUUAGUCGAAAAAAAAAUCCACAUUUCCUUCUUGAGGCAAAGUUCAGUAAUGCUAACUUUAAAAAGAAGCAUUUAUCCAAGGUGUGUCAAAAAAAAAAAAAUUCAGAGUCUGACUGUUCGGCGUUCGCCGAUUCCCUCGUUCCCUCUCGUGAUGGAAAAGGGUGUGAAGCUGCCGCGAUCUCUCUGGACUGUAAAGACCAGCGGCCUGGUCAGUGCGAACACAACACACACGUGUGUGUGUGUGUCCCGUUCCGUGACGUGGGCGUACAUGCGUGUCGGAGAGCACGCGCCUCGGUGCAGGAAGCGGUUCCUCCUCCCGGCUCGGAUCUCUCCCCGGACUCAAGACGUCGGCGUACAACGAGCACUUCACACAAAUACCUCUUCAGUACGUUCCUGCCUGCUUCAGCAUUUAUUUAUUGAUUGUUUAAUGACUUUGUAUGACUGAGUAGGAAUCGCAGCAGACGGAAAAAAGGGAGUAAUCGAGGAUUUUUUUUUUUUUCUUUUUGUUUUCUUUGGAGGAUCAUUUUCUUGUCUGCUUUUACAUUCCAUGAGAGCUACCUUCACCCACUACCUGGGUAGUCAGUCACAACUCUGGGCCUUGUUUUUGAUCCGAAAAAAAAAAAAAAAGAAAUGCAGAUAGUAGGAUGGAGGGGGGUAAAAAAAAAAAAAAGGAAAACUGAGCAAAAGAAAGGAAACGAGAGGCUACACUCAGUUCUCAGGGACAUCACUUAAAGAAACGAAACAAAAAGUAGUAGCAUUAAGCAUUUAAGAUAUUGUAAAUAUUAAAGUGUCAAUUCAGAAAAUUGUAAAGUUAUAAUUAUUUAUGAUAAGUCUGUUCUGUGUUUGUUUUCUUUUCUGUUUUUCGGCGGGGUGUACUUGAAUUGUUUUGGACGGGGGAAUUUGACAGCGUUUUUUUUUUGUAAGAGCAAAGACUUCAAGGCAUUUCUCAGGUGCUCCUGUGUACAUUUCCUUCUGGUUUGGUUCCUUUUUUUGCUAUAAUAACUAUUAUUCUUUGUAUUGUUUUUUUUAAUGUUUGUUUCUUUUUUUUCUUUUUUUUACUUUUUAAAAUUUGCAAAGAAAAAAAAAAUCUGUUUUCCAAAAGGAAGCAUGUUUGACGGAGUGGAGGGAAAUGGGGGAAGGCAUUGAUUUGUGGAAAGAUUCAUGCUAAACCUGACUAUGCAGAACCACUCCGAUGGUCUUUUCGCCUCUUAGAGACGCCCCCCUCUUCGGAAACGUAGACGUGCUGAGGAUGAGACGGAGUGGGCCAGAUGUGUGUGUGUGUGUGACGGGGGGGGGGACAAAGACGAAACCCAGCAUGCUUUGUGUUUGGACAAUUUGCGCAGUUGCCAGCCUGCAUCCGCUGCAACGUUUAGAGGAGU